UCUCUUGAGUCUCCAUCCUCCCUCUGCCCUCAGUCAACUCUGUGAAGGGUGUUCCUCCCCAGAGACUGCAGUUCUCAGGCAUCCAGACUCCAGAGGGCUCAGUUCUUCUCACAAGUACUCAUGGAAAGACCUCUCCAUCUUUGCCUCCUUUUUCUAAGCCCUGGGCUCCCAGAGGUGGGCUGGCAGCAAAGACCCAGGUGUUGCAAACUCAGAGUGGGCAGAAGCCUAGAGGACCUUUCCCUGUUCAUAGGAGCCUGGUGCCUCCCAGGCUGGCCAGAGCCAACUCAGCUGGAAGCGGCCAGAGGAGCUUAGCAAUAAUUCAGGGACUCCAGCUCUUUGGAAUCUGUUGCCAGGAAACAAGGAGACAGGCACGUGCAUCCCUGGGGAGAGGAAUCAGUUUCCAGCCCAGACAAAGAAGUGAAAUGUAAGUCCAAGGUGCCCACUGGGGGCCUGGGGAACUUCCACUCCAGCUCAUUGAGGCUGAGUAGGGAUGCCGGGUGGAGCCCUGCUGAGGAUACAACUGGUAUGACCAUAGUCACCAGGGCUCCAGUGUGGGUCCCAUUCCUCAGGAUUUUGUGCAUGGAAGAUUUUCCUGGAGACAUGCUAAGAGAUGGACAACCUCAAGUAUUUCUAGGCCCAUAAAGAAGGCCUCCCUAGAGACAGAGAGAUAGAGAAGGCCUGUCUAGAGACGUUAUUCUUGGCCAAUAUGGGUCAAGACAAGGGGGUAAGAUGGUGGAAGCCUGUUCCAUCCUCCAUCACCUUCCCUCCAACUCCUCUGGAUCAGGUUCAUUUCCUGGGCUCUGUGCCAGCUGGGGAGGCUGGUGCAUCUUUAAUGAAGUCACCAGAUCCGUCGGACAGGCUCUUGGCCUCACCAAGUUCCUGGAGCCAGACUCACUGGUAUCCAUUGAGCCACCACCUUCCUGUGCCUGGAUGCCGGGCCUCUUCCCCCUGCAGCCAUGAACCAGGCCUUCUGGAAAACCUACAAGUCCAAAGUGCUACAGACCCUGAGUGGGGAAUCUGAGGAAGACCUGGCAGAUGAGAGGGAGAACCCAGCAUUAGUGGAGUCUGAGAUGGCAGAACCAAUGGAGGAGACCUUCAAUCCCAUGUCACAGCUGGCCCGCCGGGUUCAGGGAGUCGGGAUGAAAGGCUGGCUGACAAUGUCAUCUCUGUUUAACAAAGAAGAUGAGGAUAAGCUGCUGCCACCGGAGCCUUGUGCUGACCACCCUCUAGCGGCGGGAAGUCCCUCGCAGGCGGCGGCGGCGGAGGCGCGCGGCCCGGGCUUCUGGGACGCGUUCGCCAGCAGGUGGCAGCAGCAGCAGGCGGCGGCUGCGUCCAUGCUGCGCGGCGCCGAGCCUACCCCAGAGCCGGACCCCGAACUCGGGGACGAGGCCGUCGAGCGCCCCGAGUCGCAGGAGGCCGAGCCGGUGGCCGGCUUCAAGUGGGGCUUCCUCACCCACAAACUGGCCGAGAUGAGAGUGAAGGCCACGCCCAAGGGCGACUAGCAGGCUGGCCGAACCCAGCGCCCGCUGCUCCCAUC